GCAGAAGCGCACAGAUAGAGAAAGAGAGAGAGCUGCAGGAAAAGGGAACAUCACGCACGGGGUGUCGAUGUGAAAGCAGUUGUUCCUCCACGUCCAGACACCCAUCAAAACUUAUUUCUACGCGUUAUUUUGAACGGGAUCCGCCGCACUACCCGAGCGCAUACAAUACAGCGUGAAACGGUGGUUUCCUGCACGGGGGAUUUAAUGGGAGUCUUGCAUCGAUAAAGCGCUUCUCCCCCCCUUGACGGACCCUCGCUCGAACCGAACCGGACUCGGGCGCUGUCCUCACCGGGGGGUAACCGAUCCCAGUUAUAUUUUGACUAGGAAACGAACACUCCGGAGUCCGAAUAUGGCAGGAAAUCUGAAGAAAGGUGGGGGGCUUAUUGGCAUGAUGAAGGACGCUUUUCAGCCUCACCAUCAUCUCCACCACUCCCAUCACCAGCCCGGGGCCGUGGACAAAAAGACGGUGGAGAAAUGCUGGAAAUUCAUGGAUAAGGUGGUACGAUUAUGCCAGAACCCCAAGUUAGCCUUGAAGAACAGUCCUCCGUACAUCCUGGACCUGUUACCAGACACCUACCAGCAUCUCCGCACUAUCCUGUCCCGCUACGAAGGCAAGAUGGAAACGCUGGGCGACAACGAGUACUUCCGCGUUUUCAUGGAGAACUUGACCAAGAAGACCAAACAGACCAUAAGCCUGUUCAAAGACGGCAAAGAGCGAAUGUUCGAGGAGAACUCUCAACCCAGACGGAACCUGACGAAAUUGUCACUGAUAUUCAGUCACAUGCUCGCCGAGCUCAAAGCCAUCUUUCCCAACGGCCUGUUUCAAGGGGAUAACUUCAGAAUCACCAAAGCAGAUGCCGCAGAGUUCUGGAGAAGAUCGUUUGGGGACAAGACCAUCGUGCCUUGGAAGGUGUUCCGGCAGGCCCUGCACGAGUUUCACCCCAUCAGCUCGGGCCUGGAGGCCAUGGCUCUCAAAUCCACCAUCGACCUCACCUGCAACGACUACAUCUCUGUCUUUGAGUUCGACAUCUUCACCAGGCUUUUCCAGCCAUGGUCAUCACUGCUGAGAAACUGGAACAGCCUGGCAGUGACUCAUCCGGGCUACAUGGCCUUUCUCACCUAUGAUGAAGUCAAAGCUCGUCUGCAAAAAUUCAUCCACAAGCCCGGCAGCUAUAUCUUCAGACUGAGCUGUACGCGGCUCGGCCAGUGGGCUAUUGGUUACGUCACAGCUGAUGGGAAUAUCUUGCAGACCAUUCCACACAACAAACCCCUCUUUCAGGCCCUCAUUGAUGGCUUUAGGGAAGGAUUCUACCUUUUCCCUGAUGGCCGCACACAGAAUCCUGACCUCACAGGGCUGUGUGAGCCCUCGCCUCAAGACCAUAUCAAAGUCACACAGGAGCAAUACGAGCUCUACUGUGAGAUGGGCUCAACUUUCCAGCUCUGUAAGAUCUGUGCUGAGAAUGACAAGGAUGUAAAGAUCGAGCCCUGCGGCCACCUCAUGUGCACUUCCUGUCUCACAGCCUGGCAGGAGUCAGAAGGCCAGGGCUGUCCAUUCUGUCGCUGUGAAAUUAAGGGUACCGAGCCAAUCGUCGUUGACCCCUUCGAUCCCAAGGACCCCAAUAGCGGAGGCUCCUACGGAGGCUGCAGGAGUGCGUUUGGGGCCGAGGGAGCCCCUUCGCCCAGCUACGACGAUGACGACGAUGAUCGCUUGGAGGACUCUCCUUUUAUGAUUAGCAAGCUGGUUGGUGCUAAAGUGGAGAGGCCGCCCUCACCGCUGUCAGCUGCCCCUCAGCCCGUCGUUCCCCCAGUACCUCCUCGGCUGGAUCUGCUUCCUCUCAGACCCACCAACCCUCCCGGGGCCUCUAGUCCAGGCGCCACAUCCAAGGCCCCGUCCCAUCACAAGGACAAGCCGUUACCGCUUCCCCCAGCCCUUAGGGACCUGCCGCCGCCUCCUCCCCCAGACCGACCGCACCCAACUGGAUCAGACAACCGGCUCCCAAGACGCCCUCUUCCCAGUACGCCCGGAGAACCUCCUCGUGACAAACUGCCUCCUGCCCCUCCUAACCGCAACAUGCCAGACUGGAACUCCCGGCCUGUACCAAAAGCUCCAUCACAGCCACCAGCAAGCGGAGACUCCCGUGGGUCUCGAGAACUCUCAAAUAGACACUCUCUGCCUCUCCAACUGCCCUCUACGCUGGACGCCAGAGCAGAAGGCCCGAGAAACAACGGCCCCCCCAGCCUCGACCACCAGCUGAGUUUCGGAUCAUCCAAUCCUGGGUCAGAUUACGACAGCCCGAAAGUAAAGCCAUCUGCCUCGGCUAAUGCCAUCUAUUCCUUGGCAGUCAGGCCUCUCCCAGCAGUCAAAGCUCAGACCGGGGAGGACGCCUGUGAGAACGAUGAGGAGUCGGAGUACAUGACUCCAUCCUCUCGGCCAGUGCUGCCCUCUGCUGCAGGGGAAGCUGUGCCUAGACCACCUCCUCCACUUUCUCUCAGUCCCAGGAGCAUGCUCAGUGAAAUAGAGUCAGAAACCCCACAGAUGUACGAAGCCAUGUACAACAUCCAAGCCCAGGCCCUUACGGCCUCUGGACCACAUCAGGCCAGAGAUUCAGAUUACUCUGAAUUGCCUCCUUUGACCUGCUCUAAUGGCCCGAGGGAUCCUGUUGGUGCAUGUGGUGAGGAAGAGGAAAACAGCUAUGACUAUCCCAAACCCCAUAUACCAGCCAACAUCGCCCGACGCACGCUUUCAGAUGUUAACCCUACAUCCUCAGCCUUCAGCCGCCUUUCCAUAGACAGUGAGCUCGGAGCAGCAGGGACAGUCAUGGACCCCUCUGAAGCCCCCGAGCGGCCUCCUAAGCCUCUUCCCCGUCGCAUCAACUCCGAUCGCAGGCCUAGCCCGGUUCCCCCCGGAGCGAGCCCGGGGCCCAGCCAGCAGAUCAGCAGCGAGAUCGAGCACCUCUUGAGCCAGGGCUACUCCCAUCAGGACAUCCAAAAAGCCCUUAUGAUUGCACAGAACAAUAUCGAGAUGGCCAAGAACAUCCUGAGGGAGUUUGUGUCCAUCCCUUCCGCACAUAUCUUAACAUAGCGAAACUUCUCCGAGCAUGCAUUUGCGGCCCGGCCACGCUCGUCUCGCAUUCGUCUCAGACUCCAGAAGAAAGGAGCGCGAACUUGCGCUCUACCUCUAGCUCCUGUGACGGCGAGAGACGCUUUCUCCGUAACACUUCUCGGAUUCUCUGUCCUCCUUCGUGAAGAGCGAGGGGUUCAUUGCGGCCGCUUCUUCAGCCUGAAGGCAACGCGUGUCCCCUAAGGACAAAAACAAAAAAGACAAAACAUGUAUGUGUUUAUAUAUGAUUUAAUAUAUAAAUCAGAAUAUUGAGUAUAGUUAAUAUAUACACAUGUAUGUUGGAGAGGUUCAGCUGCAGAGAUCAGGGUCUGUGAAGUAUUAGGCCUCGGAGUUCAGACAGCUAAAGGGAGUUAAACAGCAGACUGAGCAUUUUCUGGCGUGAAAAAUGGCCUUUACUCGUGUUGCUUCGGUACAUUUUGUCUUCGAGUGUGUGAUUUUAAUUUUUCGUCUGUCUAGUAGCAUGCCGUACACGUCAGUCCCCACAGCGCAGUCGCCUGUUUCAAAAAUACCGCUCAGCCCAAAGCAACCCGUUCUCCGCUUGUCCUUGACCUCCAGGGUACUGUGGGAUUUUUAUCUUUUUAAGCGCGUUGUGGCGGCUGGCAUCGGAAAUGGGCUCUCCGUCAGCCUCGUUACAUCUGUGUAGCAUUACUGUAACUGUACUGUACCAUGAAUUUCAUUUCCCAAAUGUUUAAGGACAGCCAGUCCUUCAGAUUCCCAGUAGGAACGUGCUGAUGAAGGGUACACGCGUCGGGGACAUGUGAUUUGUUUGCUCUAAUCUGAAUGUGUCAUUAAUACGGUGGUCUCCGACUUUUGUGAAGUAGUGUGUUUACUAAAGAUAGUGUUCUCUAACAGAGAAAGGGCGAGAGGUUGGACACGAAGUGAAACUGCUUAGUAAAGAAAAAAGACAAAAAAAAAGUAUUUGCUUAAAAAAAAAAAGGUCCAAGGCCUGGCCAAUUUUCUGUAUUCGGAGGGGACUGAAAUCACUCUUGGGGAGGUUCGGACUCUUGUAUGAAGCUGUUCAUCUUAGAAUCCAUUUCAUUUGAUCACCUUAAUAUAUUGUUAUUAUUAAUGUUAUUAUUAUUAUUUUUUUUGAUUUAUUGUUAUUAAUACAGAAGUGCUUUACUGCUGCUAUUAUUGUUAGUGCUAAACAAUUAAGCCUUAAAUGUACAUUUGUGAAUACUGUGUUUAACCCAUUUUAAAGUGACAGUAUCGCUUGUGUGUAAUUUGGUAAUGUAGCAUACUUGAAAUCAGAAGCAACUUGCGCAGGUGUGAGCCCAGCUGAUUUUUCAGUCUGUGUGUGUUUAUGUGUGUGUUUGUGUGCAUGUGUGGGAUGUCUGUUUUCAUCCAGGUACAUUGCGUUUUGCUUGAAAUACAUUGAAAUGCAUCACGGGGCUCAUCGCAGAAGGCCUUUUUUUGUUCUUUCCUUGUCCUAUGAGGCUUUGGUGUUCAGCCCGUCACCGAAUCGAUCGAUCUUUCAGCGGCAGCCCUGUUCAAGCCAUGAUCGCAGUGCCCAUAGUCCGCCUGCUGUUAGGGAGAAGGUUCUUGCCGGUCUCCCCUUUGUACUCAGGAAUACCGUACAUUUCAACAGAAUCUACAUUAGUGACUCCGUACUUUAAACCAGUGCAAGACUGCCUCGCUUUCAGGGUAAACACAAUGCUAGACUACUUUAAAGUCACUCUCAAUGGCAUCAGCAUCGAAUUCAUUUAUUCUGAGUUCUGUAAAGGGAUAGUUCACAAAAAAUGAAGUUUUGUCAUUAUUUACUCAUUCCAUACAGUGAAUGUCAAUGGUGUCCAAAAAAUGAAAAUGGUCCCCACUGUUUUCUGUUGUAUGCAUAAAACACAUUCUUCAAAGUUGUGAUUUACAAAAAAGGUUUGAAACAACAGGAGUGGUUAAAAAAAUUGUCAUUAAUUACUCACCGCCAUGGGCUUGGAAGGACGCGAGGGUGAGUAAUUAAUGACAGAAUUUUAAUUUUUUGAGUGAACUAUCCUUUUAAUAUUUCCACUUAUUGUUUGUUAUUGCACCAGCUCAUUUGAAUGCACUAGCAAUCCGUUAAAGGGAGUCUCACGUGGGACUCGAGGAUUCAUGAUUGAUGUCACCGACAUCAAAACUGGCCCAAUUUUAGUCUUUACUAGCCCCUAGUGUUCUUGAGAGUGUUGCACUGGGAUUGCAGGUACUUCCGCGUCUCAAUCUUGUAGGUACACAUGCAACCUUGAGAGCUUACGAUCUUGAAUUAACUCUUGGUUUGUAGAUUCUGUUGCCUUGAAGCAUAUGAUGGUUUAAUACUGAUUUUUUUUUUUU